AUGUCUCAAAGCAAAACCAAAGCCAUCUUUUUUGACUUCAUGGGAACCUGUCUGGAUUGGCAUUCCAGCGUGGUAAAAUCCAUGCCUGCUUCAAUCUCCACCGACGAUGCAUCCAAACUGGCCUUGAACUGGCGCAGAUUAUACUUCCUUGAGAACGAAGGGCGCUUCCGUCAGAAUCUGGCCCCAGAAGACAUCGACGUGACUUUGGCCCGUGUUCUUGAAACUGCUCUCUCAGAAGCUCCCACUUGGCCCGAGGUUCCAAAGGCCAUUCAAAGCCUUCGAGAGGACCUUGGUCUUGAAGUGUUCGUUCAUGCUAAUGGGACGACUCGUCUUCAGCUUGACUUGACUCGGUCAUCGGGACUGAAAUUCGAUAUGUUAUUUUCGAGUAAACUUUUGGGCCUGUACAAACCCAAUCUGGAUGCCUAUCGCAAAGCAUUGGAAUUGGUUCAGCGCAGUCCCCAGGAGGUCGUAAUGGUUGCAGCACACGCGUAUGAUCUUCGUGCUGCAAAGGUACUUGGGAUGAAAACGAUCUACAUUUACAGGUGGACUGAUGAUAUUCAUGAAGAUAUGGAACAAGUACGAGGUGAGUUUGAUUUCUUCCUGUACAGUAUGGAUGAUUUACCCAAUGUAAUCAAGAGCCUGUGA